AUGUUCGACGAGGGACGUUCAUCUCAAGUAUGCGACGCCCAGAGUCGCGACAGCAUUGCAAUCUCUAAAAACAAUCCAGAUUUAAAGGAUUUCGCGGUUGCUGUGGAGAACUAUCAGUUCAAGGUGUGGGUCAGCCGAAAGGAGACCCCGGAAAGCAUCGCGACCCUGUUUGGUAUUCAAAAUCAGGGACUACUGCCAAAGCAGAAGGCCCUGGGGAACGAGAUUCUAAAAGGGUUUACUCAUGCGUUUGAAGUAGCCAUUUAA